AGUGGGAGCGGACGGACGCAAGGUCGUAGUUGAAAGCAAUUAACGUUGUGAAAGGACAAAUGUGUAAGGACUAAGGAGUCUGUUCCUUUCCUAUUAUUUCCCUCCCCUCCCUCAUCACUGUUCCUUAUUAGUUAAUCAACACAUUCACACACGAGAGGACAAACAGAAAUCUCAUUCUCAACAACCACACAACUCAACUCAACAUGUUUACAGGCUCACACUCCAGCUUAAUUAAUUACCAUCGCAACACACUCUGCAAACACAACAUCUCCUCGCUCAUAACUCUGCUUCAUUAGGAUCCCUAUAACUUAAGAGUCCUUGUGGGUCAGGGAGCAUUCAAGUAGCUAGUGAGGUCCUAAUUAUUAACCUCUUUUACUUUCCUGGAACACAAGGCAGUUAAACCAUGCAGACCCAAAAGACAAGGAGUAGCUCCUCUGAGGCGCCUCAGAAAGUGUCUCCUCGUGGUGGACGCCAACUGAGGCCUACUACACUAGACACUGCAUCUUCAUUAAACCAAGCUAAUAAGACAUCAAAGGAGAGAAGUCCCAAAAUCACUGAUCGUAGAUCACCCAGAAGCCCUGCACCGGAGAGGAAGCGUCCUAGCAGAAUAUCUGAAUUGGAAUCUCAGAUUUCUCAACUCAAAGACGAUUUGAAGGUGGUGAGGAACCAACUCAGUUUGUCUGAUUCAGGCAAGAAGCAGGCUCAGCAAGAUGCUGAAGAGUCCAAGAAGCAACUAGCUUCCCUAUCUGUGAAACUUGAAGAUUCUCAACAGCAACUUCUGAAGUUCUCUGCUGCAGAACAAGCUCGUGUUAUUGAGCUCCAGAAAACUAUAGAAGAGCAUGAUAAGGCGUGGCAAUCUGAGCUGAGGGCUGCACAACAGAAACUCUCAGACAACACUGCUGCAUUAACCUCUGCUAUCAAUGAAAUUCAGCAGCUCAAAGUUCAGCUUGAAUUGGUAGCUAAUUGUGAGAAUGCACACACACAAAUUGCUGAAUCAUCAGACGUGGAGCUACUGAACUUGAAGGAUAACUUGGCAGAGUCUCUUUCACUUGUAGAGAACAUGAAAAACCAACUCAGAGAUUCCAAAGAGUCAGUUCAGGCACAAGCUUUGGUCAAUGAGACUUUGCGGCAACUUGAGGCUGCAAAGAGAACUGUUGAGUUCCUGAGAGCUGAUGCUGCAAAAGCUGUGCAUGGCUACAACUCUGCUGCUUUGGAGUUAGACCAAUCUAGAGCACGAGUGAACUCACUAGAGGCACUAGUAAGCAAACUUGAGUUUGGCCUCAUUAGUAACAAAAGCAACAAUUCUGUAAAUCUUGCAGAUGGUGGUAACAUGGAGUUGAAAGCUGAGAUAUUACAAAAGGGUGAGGGUGAGGAUGCUAAUCACAUUGAAGCAGAAAUUUAUUCUUUGAGGUCUGAGGUAGGACAAUUGAGGUAUGCCAUAGAGACUGCUGAGGCCAAAUACCGGGAAGAACAGAUAGAGUGUUCGGUGAAGAUCACAAAAGCCUACGAGUUGAUUGAACAGAUAACAUCAGAAUCAAGCCAGAGGGAAUCCGAGCUAGAGGCUGAACUGAAGAGAAAGAAAACUGAUAUUGAAGAGUUGAAGGCAAACCUAAUGGAUAAGGAAACUGAGUUGCAAGGCAUUGUAGAGGAGAAUGAGAAGCUGAAUUUGCAGCUUGAGAAGAACAUGUCAUCACAAAGAGAACAUGAACUUAGAAAGGAGCUUAGAAAACUAGACGAAUGCGUGGCCGGGUUGAAGGCUGAUCUGAUGGACAAGGAAACAACACUGCAAAGCAUAUCUGAAGAGAAUGAAAUGCUGAAGUUGGAGAUCAGUAAGAGGUAUGCACGUGCUGAACUUGAGGCAGCCAAGGCUGCAGAACGUGAGGCUGUUAUGAGACUUGGUAUUGUGAUGGAAGAUGCCGAAAGGAGCAACCGUAAGGCGGUGAGGGUGGCGGAGCAGUUGGAAGCCUCGCAAGCGGCGAAUUCGAUAAUAGAAGCAGAACUAAGAAGAUUGAAGGUGCAGUCUGAUCAAUGGAGGAAGGCUGCAGAGGCUGCUGCUGCUAUGCUCUCAGCAGGGAACAAUGGGAAGCUUGCUGAGAGGUCAUUGUCUUUGGACAACAACUAUAACUCUGUAAUGAAUAAGUACACACCUUUUUGUGAAGAGCUUGAUGAUGAUUUUCAGACUAAGAAAAAUGGAAACAUGCUCAAGAAGAUUGGGGUUUUGUGGAGGAAACCUCAAAAAUAGUCACUCAUCCAUGACCUGCUUCUUUAGUCCAAUACAAUGUUAUGUUACUGUAAUGUUUAUGUUAUGCAAUUUUGUCUAACCGAUACCCUCUUUGUUUGGUGAACGUUGUCUACAGCUGCCUAGUAGUUGAAUGAAUUGAGCCUUUUUAUACGAUC